CCACCAAAUUCCAAUAAGAUUGAAAGAACAAACCAGUAAAACCAUCGGAACCCGGUGCUUGGAGACGACCAAUACUGAACGCAACAUCACGCACUUCAUCACUUGUUACCAAACGGAUGAGUGAGGAAUUCAUUUGGGAGGUGACCAUAGCCGGAAGCAUCAACUGGUCCACAAAGGAGCUAACCUGCACCGCUUCAGAGGUGAAUUGAUGGACAAAGUAAUGGAUCGCAAUCAUACCUUUGGAAUCCUCGUCAUGGAAAGGAGUGCCUGCCUCAUCCCAGAAGACCAAAAUACAAUUCGAGCGGCGCCUCUGAAGAGUAGUAAGAUGAAAGAAACGAGUGUUGGAAUCACCCUGAGUGAGCCACAAGACGCGUGAUUUCUGUAGCCAAUACCGUUCCUCCUGGACAUAUGCUUCAGAGAUUUGACUUUCUAGAAAUGUAACUUUGGCCCAAUCCAUGUGAGGGAGAUUACGUUCUGACUCGAUCGCAUCCUGGAAUUCACGAAUGGCACGAGCAGAAUUAGACGUGCCCUUUGAAGCCCAUGAGAACAGAUGAUGUCUAGACGUUUUUAGUACGGAAUGCAUGGUGGGGUUGUUUAUGCUCUCAGUUUGGGAAUAGAAUACGUGUAAAUCCAUGGAGAACUGAUGAGAGGUUACUUUUUUUUAUGCAUGCCGUAACCCGCUACCCACAUAGAAGGUGAAGCGGCAAGAGUGGGUUUGGCAAGAAAGCCACUGAAAAUGGACCACAAGCAGGGUCCUUUCUACCACACAUUGGCUAAUAAGUAAUAAGGGUUAAUUGUAUGGUCACUGAGAUUACAAAAAAAGUUUAUGUUUGGUCGCUAGAAAUAUUUAAAUCCAAUUUUGGUCACUUAAAUUAGUUAAAUGGUUCGAAUUUGGUCACUCUCCGUCCAACUACGUUAAAUUUGUCUGAUGUGGCAGUCAUCCCUCAAAGUUGACCGUUAAGUCAGUGACGUGGCAAUUAAAAAAUAAUAAAUACAAUUAAUUUUAAUCUUCUACCAUAUCCAACUGAUUUUAACAAUAAAGUAAAAUAAAUAAAUAAAAAUUAUUAUAGUUACACCAUAGAUCUGGGUUUACUGAAAACAUAGAUCUGGAUCUUGAAGAGGAACUCACCCUGUCUGGAUCUGCUUGUUGACUCGAGUUCCUUCUGGGGCUACAUGAUGGUGGUGAAACGCACCUCAGCUCCCACCAGUGCCUAGCCUAUGCAGCUUUAAUUUCAGAACCGGGAGCAUGGCGUCGGUGAACCGGACUCCACCGGUGACCUGCUGAACCAUCAGUAGGGAGUUGGGCGGAUCCGCCGUGAUGUACGUGGUCUAGGACUUCUUUGAGGAGGCGCGCGGCUUUCACUUGGUGACCUUUCUGGUGCGCCGGGGGUCGCGGAAAGAAUCUGAUCCAGCCCUAAUCAGGAAAGGUAGGAUGGACAAACACGUUGAGAUCUUGUACUGCAUCUUCGAAGCAUUCAGAGUGUUGGCCAAGAAUUGCCACCUGCUGGAUGACCACCAACUGUUCGACAAAAUUCGCAAGUUACUACAACAAACUAAGAUGACCACGGUUGACGUUGCAGAGCAUUUGAUGCCGAAGACCGUCCCGCCGAAUGCAGAUGUUUGCUUGAGUAGUCCGGAGCAAGGCCUUGAAGUCGCGGAAGAGGAGGCGACGACGAGAUCGAAAGUAGAGGAAGAAAGAAUGAAUAAGGAGGAGAAAGGGAUUAGUGUCGUUCAACACCCCAUUUUCAAUUUGUAAUUAUAAUAUUUUUUUGUUUUAUUUAUUUUAUUUUAUUGUGAAAAUGAGUUGGAAAUGGUAGAAGAUUAAAAUUUAUUUUAUUUAUUGUUUUUUAAUUGCCACAUCAUUGACUUAACGGUCAACUUUGAGGGUUGACUGUCACAUCAGACAAAUUCAACGGAGUUGGACGGAGAGUGAUCAAACUCGAACUAUUUAACUAAUUUGAGUAAUCAAGAUUGGAUUUAAAUAUUUUCAAUGACCAAACAUGGACGUUUUUUGUAAUCCCAGUGACCAACCAUGCAAUUAACCAUAAGUAAUAAGUAAUAACAAAAUAUUUGAUUGUUUUUCAAGGUUAUAGAUUGAAGUGGCUGGUCGAACAGUUAGAUAAGUGAAGGUGAAGUACAAUAAGUACUUGAGCCUUCUUAGGCUGGGCCCAAAAAUGGGUUUGUUUUUUGUCUUAGAUUUUGGCCUAAGUGGGCAGAGUAAGAGUUUUGCAAUAGGUCCGGAUAGAAUAACAACCCCUUUAGUGUUGUUAUUGUAACAAUAAAUACAAAAAGGUAAAAGUAACCAAAUAUAACAAAUUAAAAUUAAUAAAUAAAAUUUCAAUCCCUACCUGUCUCUUUGGAUCUACUCCGAUACCAUUCCCCAGCGACCGCUUCUGCUCCCGUUUGCUCGUCUCAAUCACAGGCAGGAACACCCCUGCUAUCGUCUACGACGGUAGAGGCGUCAACCUGUCACUGAUCUCAGGCAAACAAUCAUAUCGGAACCGCGAUUUAUCCGACAGCUAGGAUUGAGGCCUCUAUCCCCCGCCGUUCCUUCUUUCUUUCUCCGUCGGGGUUGCAAGUCGUCCUCUCGUUUCUUCAUUCUUCCGACGCCGGCGCCGAAUCGAACGAGUCUACAGCCACUUUUUCGUCGGUGUGAGAUCUCAAUAACGGUGUGUGAGGUUUCUGAGGUCGUAGAUGGUUAAGUGGAAAGAAACCGUGAUGUUUUUUGUCGGAGAGGAAGAGCUCGAUGAUAGAGUCAAUGUCGGUGAAGGCGAAGGAAUCGGGCCAGUGGAAUGGAGCAUUGCACUCACGCUUAUGUACAAUAUCGAAUAUGUGUGAGAUUCAUUAUUGGCACCUGAUUUUGAAAUUUUUCCUCUACUGUCUCAACUCUUAGGUUGAUGUGAAAUCGGUUGGUUCAGUAUAAGCUAGCAUGAGCAUAUCAAGUGUUCAGACCAUUGGUUUCUAGUUGAAUCUCUCGUCGACCUGUACCAUACGGUGCUUGUCUUAGUCUCUCAUCGAGGGUCCAUUUGUCGGCAGCGCAGUAUGGCGUGAAAGAUGGAAGGUGCUCUCAAGCCCAAAUUUGGACGAUGGAUAUGGCACCACCCACUUGAUUUGUUCUCGGAUCCGAACACUUCCAUAGCUCCCAGUACACCAUCGCCAAACAAGCCACUCUCUAGCUUUUUCCGUCUCAUCUCGUCCCAAUCACCCAAUAGUAGCGAGAGCCACAUGCAAUGCAUAUACUUAUUGGACUUGUUGGGAAUCAACACUUGCCCAACCAGCUCAAUAAGGUAUAUGCGAGCAUACCUCGUGACCUGCUCCACUAUGGCUUCCUCCCCCUAAUGAACCAAUGCGGUUCAC